AGCGCGGCAAAAUAAGUUGAUAAGAGUUAGUUGAUAAGGCGUUAUUCUAUCUCGUUAAGUUAAUAUUUAUUAUUUUUAUGUAUCUUUAUAUUUUAUAAAGGUAUAGUUUUUAAAAAAUAUUACCCCGAUGGAAAGGAAAGAAUGGGGCCAUGAAGGAGUCGGAAAAAUAACUUUUAAAACCCGUAAUUUGUAAUGGAUCUACUUUAACACCAUUCUUUUGAGAUGAGGAGGAGCUGUGCUCCUAGUCAGAUCGCCAAAAGAACAUUACUUAAAGAUGAUCUUGACAGCCCGAGCCCCAAGAGGAGGCCUUUGUCUGUUAGAAACCCAAAUGGAAAUGGUGCCGAGUGUCGAAAAAGAGCUGACAGUGAGUCCAGCGUCACCAUAUCGGCUCAUGAAGCAUGUAUCCAGAAUAUACUUUCAAAGCCUUUCCAAGUUCCGAUCAUUGGUUACACUGGAGGAAUAUCUGGACGUGCGCUUGGUAUGAAAAAAGAUGGGGUUAGAAGGCCAUUACACGAUCCUCUAGCUCCAAACGCUCUCAUUCUCUAUACUCCUCCACAAGUGUCUGCCCAUGAUCAACUUAAAAUGGACAAGGAAAACCUUUUGGUGCAUGUCGUCGUCGAUCCUGCCCUAAGCAAUGUUUUAAGGCCACAUCAAAGAGAGGGUGUUAAAUUUAUGUAUGAAUGUGUAACAGGAGAAAGAAUUGACAAUGCAUUUGGCUGUAUUAUGGCUGAUGAAAUGGGACUUGGAAAAACUUUACAGUGCAUUACCUUAAUGUGGACACUUUUAAGGCAGAGCCCAGAAGCUAAACCUAUGAUAGAUAAAGCUAUCAUUGUAGCUCCAAGCUCGUUAGUUAAGAACUGGUGUAACGAAAUAAAUAAAUGGCUUCAUGGUCGUGUUGGCACUGUCGCUAUCGAAGGAGGAGGAACUAAAGUUGUUGAGAGCCAAGUGAAAAGAUUCAUGUCUACGCAAUUAGGUCGACGGAAUACUCAUCCGAUAUUAGUAAUAUCUUAUGAAACAUUUAGAAUACAUUCAAAAAUUCUUCAUUCGUCUCCUGUCGGACUAAUUUUAUGUGAUGAAGGUCACAGAUUAAAAAAUUGUGAAAAUCAAACAUAUUUAGCUCUGACUGGUCUUCAAUGUAAGAGAAGGGUCCUUCUCUCUGGUACUCCCAUUCAAAAUGAUUUACUUGAAUAUUUUAGUUUAGUCCAUUUUGUAAACGAAGGAAUUCUUGGAACAUCACAGGAAUUUAGGAAGCUUUAUGAAAACCCUAUAAUAAAAGGUCAGGAUGCAUAUGCCUCAGACAAGGAAAAAGAGAUAGCUAAAGAAAGACUUGCUCAACUUAUAGGAAUAGUUAACAAGUGUCUAAUAAGAAGAACAUCAGCUCUCCUUUCACAAUACUUACCUUUGAAAACUGAGCUUGUUGUUUGUGUCAAAAUGACAAAAAUCCAGGAAGAGCUUUAUAAACAUCUUCUUGCUUCUGACACAGCAAGAAAAGCACUGAAAGGAAGUACUGAAAAUGGGGAAAAUCCAAGUAGCCUAUCUGCACUGUCUGUUGUAACUUCUUUGAAACAACUGUGUAAUCAUCCAGAUAUUAUUAUGGAGAAAAUUAUUGACGGGAAAGAUGGAUUUCAAGGAGCCAAAAACAAAUUACCAAGUGGAUAUGAAGCUAAUUAUAAAAAGAAGGUGCUUCAAAUUGAAAUGUCAACUAAAAUGAUGGUCUUAGAUUGUCUUUUAGCUCUGAUAAAAUCAACCACUACAGACAAAGUUGUGCUCGUUUCAAAUUACACACAGACUCUAGAAAUGUUUGAACGUCUGUGUGCCCUGCGUAACUACAAUUAUGUUCGGCUAGAUGGUUCAAUGACUAUAAAAAAACGAGGAAAGGUUGUGGAAAAGUUUAACCAGCCAGACAGCGAACAAUUUAUUUUUAUGCUUAGUUCAAAAGCUGGUGGAUGUGGUUUGAAUUUGAUCGGUGCAAACAGGCUUGUGAUGUUUGACCCUGAUUGGAACCCGGCCAACGAUGACCAGGCUAUGGCGCGUGUCUGGAGAGAUGGACAGAAGAAAUCAUGCUUCAUUUAUCGGCUUAUUUCUACUGGGACGAUUGAGGAAAAGAUGUUGCAAAGACAGGCACAUAAAAAAGCUCUUUCUUCGUCAGUUGUCGACUGUGAAGAAGAUGUUAAAUGUCAUUUCAGUAUGAAUGAACUUAGAUCUCUUUUCAUGUACAAUGAAAAUACAAUCAGCGAUACACAUGACAAAUUAAAUUGCCCAAGAUGUUUUAAUGGUAUCCAAGUAAGAGGUCCACCAGUAGAAAGUGAUUGUACUAAUGAUUUCUCUUGCUGGCACCAUGUUUCUGAAAAGCGUUGGGUUGUCGAUCCUAUUCUGAAACAAUGUUGGAACACUGGCUGUUCAUUUGUAUUUUACCAACAUUCCCAUAAACAGAAACCAUCCGUGCAAUGUAAGGAAGAGGUCAAAGAUGAUGAGGAAGAGAAUAGCGAUAAUGAUUCAUCAACUUAAUAAUCUUGUUUUAGAAAACAAAACUAUUUAUAAUUAAAAAAAUUAUUUUAAAUUA